AUCGUUGGAUAUUUCAGGAAGUUGUAAACCAUCACGAUGAAUGGUUUAUCUUUGAGCGAGCUUUGUUGUCUCUUCUGCUGCCCUCCUUGUCCCUCACGCAUUGCUGCCAAGCUCGCAUUCUUGCCUCCAGAGCGGACAUACGAACUCAUCUCAGAUGACACAGGGUCAAGAUACACCAUCCAGCUUUCAGAGAGGGCAGAAUGGCAGUACUCCCAACGCGAGCUUGACAGUCUAGAAGUCUUCAUGACGCGAACAAGCCGUGGCAACCGCAUAGCGUGCAUGUUUUGUAGAUGCUCUCCCAGUGCACGAUAUACUAUUCUGUUUAGUCAUGGAAACGCCGUAGAUCUAGGACAGAUGAGCAGCUUCUAUAUUGGACUUGGAUCUCGCAUAAAUUGUAACAUAUUUAGUUACGACUAUUCUGGAUAUGGAGUCAGUUCUGGAAAACCCUCUGAGAAAAACUUGUACGCGGACAUUGAUGCUGCUUGGCAGUCCUUGAGAACAAGAUACGGGAUAAACCCCCAAAAUAUAAUUUUAUAUGGACAAAGUAUAGGCACUGUACCAACUAUAGAUUUAGCAUCACGCUAUGAAGUUGGAGCAGUCAUCCUUCAUUCACCGCUCAUGUCUGGUAUGAGAGUUGCCUUUCCUGAAACAAAGAGAACUUGGUUCUUUGAUGCUUUUCCAAGCAUUGACAAGGUUCCAAAAAUUACUUCUCCUGUUUUGGUUAUACAUGGAACUGAAGAUGAGGUGAUUGACUUUUCACAUGGUUUAACUAUAUAUGAGAGAUGCCCACGCAAAGUUGAACCUUUGUGGGUGGAGGGUGCUGGGCACAAUGAUGUUGAGCUCUAUGGCCAGUACCUUGAUCGGUUGAAACAGUUCAUCAAUGUGGAACUUGCUCUCAACUGACUAGAGGUGCGGGCGGCAGACUCCUCAACAGGGACACAAGAACAUGCAGAUGACCAUGGCGAUAGUGACAGCAAUCUUGGCACCACUCAGCAGCAGGAGGAAUUAAGCUCUUGUUCCACUGCUUUCCAGGGGGACCAUCCGUCAGAAGAGGUCUUACCUUCACCUUUGCGGCUUGUUGACAUUGCCAGUGGAGUAAUCAUGGACUCUGAAGAAAAGAGUAAACCCCGCAAAGAUGAAAAGGAGAAUGAUGUGGACACUAACUUGCUGCUUAAGGUUGUGAACUCCUGUGCCACUAACCAGCCUUCCCAGGACUUACCAUGUGAAGAACGUGUAGUAUGAUAUAGCAGAUGCAUAGAACUGUCUAGUAGGGGUAUUAAAAGGGGCAAGACUUUUCCUGAAACAUUUUCUUUCUACUUUGUAUCUUUGUUUACGUUUUUUUUCCUAAAGCAUUUACCAUUCUUUAGAACAUCUCCAGACAAUGUCUGAAUAAUAGCAUUGAUUUGUAGGAUAUUAUUAAAAUAUUCAGAUGUGACAUUGGUGUUACAUAAAUGGAAGUCAUUAUAUUUAUCAGGUUGGUGUGAAAAUUUCUUAUCUGUACAUAUUAAGAAGUGUUGCAGUAAAACCAUGUGUCCACAUGUUGAAAAGAAACACCAUGGCCUUGCAGUCAAGAAUAUUGCCAACUUAAAAUUUUUCAUUUAUAUGAAACAUCAGAUUUGUCUGUUCUAGUAUGGUUAUUAAUCAUUGUUUAUUAUUUUUGUUAUUCUAUAAAUCGUUUAUAUUUUUGAAAUUGUAUUGUUGGUUGUUAAAAUUUCUAUCAGGAAAAGUUAGCCUUAGCCUCAGCUAGAUAGAUUAGCAUGCCUACCAGUCUGAGUACAAGGUAGUCUGGGUUGGCUGGGAACAAAAGGAUUUUAAUUGACUAGAGAACCUAAUGUUUUCUGUAUGUUGUUUGUGCAUCUAGGAUAAAAGAAAAAUUGAGUUUCUCCCAAGAUGUAUUGAUGUUUGUGCAUAAUAUAAUGGCACAAACAGACAUUUGUGGUAAAUUAAUAAACUGCAAAUUUCACUAUGGCAAAAAGUUGCUAUUUAGCACUAAACAUACAUGAGAGAUGAUGUCCUCCACCCCUUCAAAAAAAAAAGGUUCCUUGUCAAUUGUUAAUCCGAAAUUGUUGACCGCUGCAUGUUUUCCCUUUCUCUGUCGCCCGCAACAUUCCCCAACUUGGGUUUAAUCAAUUUGUGUGUACGCUCGAGUGUGUGCAUGCGUACAAGUGCAUAUGUGUAUGCAUGCAUGCACCUACAACUGAACAUUGUGUGAUAGAGGGCUACAGAAACCAAUGGUCACAUUUGAUAAUUGUACAUUAGAGUUGAUUAUGAGUAUAUGUGGAUGUCUACUUAGUUUUUGAUAAUCAUCUGUAGAGAACGUGUUGUAAUAAGUAUUUUAUGUAAAUAUUUCAGCUUUCUAAUUUCCUGUUUUAACUCACUGAAGUUUUAUUAUCUUUAUCAAGCAUUGCAGAGGUCUUUUGAAAGUACUAUGUGAUGUGCACUGUAUAGAAAAAACCAUUUGGCAUAGCACAAAAUGUUCAAGCACAAUGAAAACAGAACAAAUAAAAAAAGUAAUGUGUAAUUAAGAUUUAAAAAGUGCCAGAGAAGUGAUUUUUUUAAUUUCAGCAUGUACGGCAUGAAAUAGAAUAAUGAAAUAGUAUGCAAUUCUAGCUAGAGUAAAGACUUUUAUUCUCCAUUUGUAAUAUUAUAAGGUGCUGAAGUGGCUGCUUUCCUUCACCUGCUUAUAACUGGUUAGGUUUAAUUAAUAAAACCUUUUCUCAGUAAUGUACUUGAUAUUAUGAAUGUGGAAUGUGUCACACUUGGCUGUGUGUGUAGGCAGAACAUUUCUGCAGUAUACAAUUUUUGUAAUGAACCUAUUUGUUUCAUGAGCAUUACUUUGGUUCAUUGUUUUGGCAUUUAAUCAUAUUUUGGUUUCUUUUCUUGUAGUGUUUACAAUGUCUAUAUUAUUUUUGCAACAACAAAAAAUGUUACCAAAUACAAUCCCCAGAAGUCAGUACACAUUUUCUGGAAGAACUUUUGGGUUUUGAAACAAUCCAAAGUGUUAUGACUUGUUUGUUUUCCAAUAAACUAGUAUUUGCAGUUUUAAACUGCUUAUCAGUAUGCUUGGUUCAUCCAGCCCAAACUGGAAACUGUAUUAAUACAACAGUAAGAAAUAGAUGUACAUAUUUUUUUUCACUUUUGAGUAUUUGGUAUUCAUGACUUUUCUUCAUUUGUAAUAAAAACACUCUUUGCUAACACUGAUUUUUUACUGUUUAUCACUCCUGGCAUGGCAGAUCCAUGCCUGCAAAGAAAAUAUGGCAAAUGCAAUAAGAAUGGUUAAGUGGACGUUAAUUAUAUUCAACAAAACUGGUUGACUAUAUUCAUCUGUCCAGCACAAAAGUAAAAUGUGUUUUUGAUUUAUUGUGAUAUUUAGACUUUUCCGAUUUCAGUUUCUGAAAUGAAGAUGCGCAAAAACAGCAAUGUAUACAUCUUUGCAUAUGGGAAACAGACCAGUUAUGCAUUCUGAUACUUGUAAACAGAGUAAGAUCAUAUUGAAUCUCAUACAAUAUUGAAGUUCUUAUCUGCAUCACUAGAGUCUCAUUUUCCAAUAUUCUUUUUCAAUUUUGGUAAGUGCAAGUAGAUAGCAUGAUCACAAUCAAAAUAUAUUUUAUUUGCUGUCCCAUAAUGAAUGUUAGAGAAGCCACCCUUUUAAGACAGUGUAUAGUGUGUAGAAUGUGCAUGAAUGACAAAAAGUUCUUUUUGCUGCUUUGUGAUUAUUACAUGUCUCAGGACUAACCUUGAAGUUAUUUUUAAAUCACACUCAAAAGGUUCAGGGUUAGGGUUGCAUUUUUUGUAAAAACAAUUGAUCCCUAAUAUUAUAGAAUGCAUUAGAAACUCCCAGUCAGUAGUUUAGCUUUUAUAACUAUGUUCAUUUUCUUAAACAGCCAUGUUUCUUCCUGUGCAUAUAUGGUAGAAGAGAUUGCCAUGAUAUAGCCUUAGUUGCUGGCAUGGCAUAAAAUACCAAAAAACAAAAAAAA